UCUGAGGGUAAAGAAAGUAAACAUACAUCUUGAACAUGAUGAAGACCUCAUGCGUGAGCAUUCGCGACUCGGAAUUUACACUGAGAACUUGUUCGAUUUGAAAGUGUGUUUCAGCAUCGGUUUUUUGAAAGUAGUCUGUUUGUGGUUUGUGGUUUUUGUGAUGCUCGUGAGAGCUUGAUAGGUAUAAGUGCAGUUGAAAGAGAGCCUCUUUGCUACGUGAAGUUAUUUAUAAGUUUGAAGACGAGCAGAUGAGCACGAUGGAGAAGGCAGUCUGUUGAGCGAUGUUUCAUUCUGUCAUAAGAGCUUUGGAGGAUGCUGUAUUUUUUUGCGUGGAGCGAUGAGGGCUUUUUUUUUGCUAUUAUAUAUUUAAAUGUCUUCCACCGCCAUUAGCAUUAUUGCGUAAGAAGUGAUUUCUACAAAAAUCCAUUCUCAUUAUCCAUCCAACCUGUCAUCUGCAUUUUUUGAUGUCCCACACCUCGUCAUGAUCCUGCAUUUUUUUUCAUUUUUUUAAAACUAACUUCAUGAAAUCCUCUCAUAUUAUUCCACAUUGUGUCGUCAUGCUCAUGGGCAUCAUCCUCGCCCACCUAAAUCACUUUUGAUCCAUCAUCUGGUACAAUCAAUAAUCAAAUUGUCCCGUGGUCGUGUCUACUUUUUCUCUUUUGUCCAAUGAAAAAUCAUGUCUCCCGUCUUCCAAAUCGUAGCCGAGUGUGUGUAAGUGACCGUACUUAUACGUACCUUUCGCCUCAACCUACGAGCACAUUGUGCCUCAAAAAGAUAUUCGGUAGUUACAACUAUCAAACAUCUUCACAUCUUCUUCGCGAUCUUCGGUUCCGAAGCAGCAUCUUCACAUCAAGCCUCUACGCCGACCGAGGAAGUUCUUCCACACGACAGCCUUCGCGUUUACACGUACAUCGGAAUUCUCCAGCAGUUUUUUCGAGAAAAAAGACUGGAAAUACUUUCAAGUAUUCGUCGUCUUCUCCGACAGCAACAACUUUUUUCCGUAGUUUUUCUACAUCAAAAAACAAAAACAAGAUGUCCUACCCACCGGAGGGAUUGUCUGCCACCGUCGCCGAGCUCCCGGAAUGGAUCAAGCUUGGAUGCGGCAACGGUGAAUACAUCUGCGAGGAGAAGGGUGCCACCUUCCCUGGUGACAAGUGCCCGGACAAACUCCCGGACCUGUCCAACCACGGAAACUUGUGCGCCAUGGCACUUCGUGAUCACCCCGAAAUCUACGAGAAGUAAUUAUGCUACUUCGUUUUAGAAAAUUUAGAAGUCAGUUUUAGGAGAGACAGACCACACGGAUAUCAACAUUUCCAUAAUGUGGCUUUUGCAUUCUCAUAUAGUCUUCAAAGAACACGAGGAUCCUUUAUCCUGCUGACUCGUAAACGUAUUACUGAAAGCAAUCUACAUCCUCAAUAGUGUAAUAUCUUCAGCUGGAGGAAGCCUCCCUAUGAUUUAGGUACAAGAACGUGACCACCGCUGGCGGUGUGUCGCUCGCCAAGUGCAUCAAGACCGGUAUCGAUAACCCGGGACAUCCGCACAUCAUGACCUGCGGUCUGGUCGCCGGUGACGAGGAGUGCUACACUACGUUCAAGGACCUGUUCGACAUCGUCGUCGAGAAGCGCAACGGCGGAUACAAGCCCGAUGCCAAGCAUUCCACCGAUAUGGAUCCGUCCAAGCUGUCCAAGACCCCCAUUGAUCCCAAGGGCAAAUACGUACUGAUUCUAAUUUUGACUUCCUAAGCCUAACGCAGAUUUAGAAUUAUAGAUUUUAGAUGCAGAGAUUGAGAUUGAUGUUGUUUGUUCUCUUGUUCAGCUUGUGAAAGACUGCUAGAAGGGGAACUGGGCAAGAGUUGCUCGUCUUCAGCGAAGAAAUAGUUCUGAAUAGUCUUCAUCUCAACAUCAAAACUCAAAGGUCUUGACCACCCGAUGCCGCACUGGUCGUUCCGUCCGCGGCCUUCCGCUGCCGCCAUCCUGCACGUUCGAGCAGCGUCGUGAGACCGAGCGUGUCAUCGUCAAGGGUAUCUAUUGCUAAAAAUACUACGACCGGCGUCAAAGACGAUACCGAAGUUGUUGCGGAUUUUCAUUUACCAGUCGACUGCGAAAGAAUAUUUUUAAUAGAUACUGUGUUUUCAUGACCCAUAUGUUCAUCUAAAAUGUUCCAGCAUAUCUAUGUAAGUACCCUCAGGUUUGAUGAACAUGACCGGCGAGUUGAAGGGUGAGUACUUCCCGUUGAACGGUUCCAAGUCUAUGGAGGAGCAGGGUAUCAAGGAGAUGUCCAAGGAGAAGGAAGAACAGCUCCGUUCCGCUGGUAACUUGUUCCAGGAGCCGGAUUCCACCCUGCUCUUGUCCUCUGGUUGCGGCCGCCACUGGCCCGAUGCCCGUGGUAUCUUCCACAACGAAGCCGCCAACUUCUUCGUCUGGGUCAACGAAGAGGAUCAGAUGCGUAUCGUCUCCAUGGAGAAGGGUGACAACAUCCACGCCAUCUUCACCCGCUUCGCGAACGCGUGCCAGACCGUCAAGGACUGCUUGACCGGAGAAGGAUACGACUUCAUGCACAACGACCACUUGGGAUAGUACUGAUGAUUUGGAUCAUUUAGAUCGUAUUCGUAAAGUAGUGGUACUGAUUAUUCAGAUUUAAGUAGAGUUCUUCACUCGCAGUUCAUAUUACUUUUUUAGGUUAAGUAUGUUUUUUCUCCAAAAUAAAAUAAUCUAUUUCCAGACCCAUAGUGCUACUUCCCCAUAUCUCUAUCCAAACUCAACAACAACAACAACAGCAUCCUGACCUGCCCGUCCAACCUGGGUACGGGUCUUCGUGCUGGCGCCAUGGUCAAGGUUCCGCUGUUCUCUGCUCGCGCGGACUUCAAGGACAUCCUGAAGAAGAUGAAGCUGCAGGCUCGUGGUACUGCUGGUGUUGACUCCGCGUCCACUGGCGGAACCUGGGAUAUCUCCAACGCCGAUCGUCUCGGCAUGUCCGAAGUGCAGCUGGUAUCCCUUUGCAACUAGUCUUGUCGUUCCUCAGAUUUGAUUCUUGUGUAACAGGUUGUACUUGGAAGAUAAAUUUUUCUGCUAAAAAGUAUUAAACUACCAUUCUGAUGACGUCGCUCAGAAGAGAGAGCACUCUUUGUUUCUAAAAAAGAUUGACUUUAACCUACUUGUCCUAUGACAUGAAACCUAACCAAUAUCACUCCAGUGCAACCUGUUCAUCGAGGGUAUUGCGCAGAUCAUCAAGUGGGAGGAAGCUCUCGAGGCCGGCCAAAACAUCGACGAGGAGGUCGCGGGCGCCAAGCCGAUGGGCAUCUAAGAUGAAGGCUGGCAAGAGGUCGAAGUGAAGAGAAGAAGAUGUACUUAGGAGAUGGUACAUUAGGAGACGGGGUUCAUGUUGAGGAGAUACAACAAACCGUCAAUAACUAUGUUUAUCAGAAGCAAGUGUUCGCAAACUUUCCUUUUAUGAGUUGUAGUAGGUGACGAGGAGAUAAAACCUGGAACUACGUAGCUUGCAGGCUACAGACAGUACCAAACAUGAGAAAACUACAACGCCCAUCUUCUAUUCACGGGGUGUGACUCGUAAGAAGACUCAAUGGUGAAGUAGACUUUCGCAACGACAUCAUAAUCGAGUGAAUCUGUUGAUAGAACAAGACUAUAAUACGUAGCCAGCUUUUGCAGGGAGACGCAAUUAGGUUUAUAGUUCUUACGUCACGUUUCUAGUAGGAUUCGAAGACGACGAGCUCAUCAUGGUGAUUCCUUGCUAUCCGCUUUGCGAAUGAUGUUAAUACAACCACAUGUUCGCCACAAGAAGAUGAUUGGUUUUAAGACGUACAACUUCUAGCAAUUUUAGUAGGUUUAGAUCUUUUGAUUAUACACGACUGGGAGAUCAAUAUCCACAUACUUACGAUUAGGCGGGUACUAGACGAAUCAUGUCCCAAGACAAAGAGGCGAGGCUCGACUGGACUGGCAGUGAGGUGUAACUCUUCAUUGCCAGUUGCUAGCCGUCGAGGACUAGGUAUUAUCGAACAUCAACUAUUCUUGCUCCUACUGUUGUACUUGGACCAUGUUGCUCUAUAAGGUAAGUUCUCCACUGAGACUGUGAACCAUUCAUCUGAACGUGGUAGAGAUUCGUUGGAAUCGCCUGUUGGAAGAACAGCUUAUACGAAAUCAAUCAUAUUUUGAUGGAGGAACUGCAUAUUAGAUGAAAAAUAGACUCUCGAGAAGAACCGAAGGAUAAUAUCAUAGUUGUGAUAGAUAUGAUUCAGAUUUUUGAUCUAAAUCUAAACGAGUUUAGUACAAUGACAAGGACGGAUGGGGUUUCAAUAGCGUGCUCCGUGUGCGGGGCGCGCCUCAUCAUCACUCUCUUGUUGUGAAUGUCGAUCACCAAUCGCAUUUGCAACCGCUCUAGUGCUGUCAUUUGCUACUCUCGUCAGUUCUUGCGCACUUAUCCUCGCCAUACGUGGACCUUAUUUGAAGGUAGAUUCAAUCAUCACGAUCACGACAUGGAAAUGAUAGGUAUCAGAUUCACACAUCAACAUUUUUUAGAUAUUUCUUUCGGGUCGGUCAAUCUAAAAAUACCGGAAGACAAAUAGAAUCACGGAAACAUACUCAACUAAGACUGGAAGCGUCGCACUUCUACACCGAACUUCUUCGUGGAGGUCUAAGUGCUCCAGAGAGGGUAAGGUGUAGGAAGACUCAGAAUACCAUAUCAACACUGCGCAACUGCAAGAACGCAACUGCCGCAUACCUACAUGAUGCAUCAAAAAUCUUUGUGAAGAACAAGCAGUUCUGUUGUAUGGAGAACCAAUGCGGUCUUAUGUGAUACAAAAAGAAGAAAAUCACUCAUCAAGGCCAUCGGGCGCGUUUGGACUGCCUGAUGACGUAUGCACG